UUGGUGUUCCAAUAAUGUUAGCUUAUGUUUACGGAGUUGUUCCUUUAUCUUUAUGUCGUAAUGGAGCCUGUGGUGGUGGGGGAGGUGGAGGAACUUCUCAAAAUGAAGAUAAUGUUGGAGGGAAUUCUACCUUUAGAGAUGAAGAAGAAAAAAUUGUUUUGACUUCUGAAGGAAAUAAAAAUGUGAAUAAUAAUAAUAGAGAAAAUAGUAGUACAACAAAAACAACAAGUAAAUCAUCUUUUCAUCAACGUCGACAAAGUAUUGCUUCUUUUGGUUUGGUUAGUCUAACAGACAAGCCAAAUACAGAGGAUGCUUCAAUUCAGGCAAUUGCUGGUUCACAAUAUAAUUAUGACAAUCGAAGUGUUCACACAAUUUGGUCAAGUGGAUGUCAUGUGGGUGUUAUUGAAUCAGUACAUGGAGUUAAUAUUAAUGGGGAAGAUGCUGAGAAUGCUUCAACAAUGGCCUGUUGUAGUGCCUCAAUCGCUGCUCAAGCAAGUGAAAGACGUUCUCUAACAGGAAGUAAUAGUUCUUUCAAAACCCGUCCACGUUCAUCAAUUUCUAAUAGUCGAGGAGUUUCAGAAGAGCCAGGCAAAAUCCCUGCAAAAUUUACAAGAAAAGUUUCGGUUAAACAUGUUGAGGGAAUUAAUGGAGUUAGAGAAAUUGGAGGAGGUGGAAGCUCUGUUGAUGAAAGAAUUCGUCAAGAAAUAUUUCUACCGCCUUCGUCUUCAAGUCAACCUGGUGGUGGUGGUGGUUCUGCAAAUAUUACUUUUUCUAAUAAUAAUGAUUUGGAGCAAAAGAAAAAGUCACGGUUUUCUUUACGGUUUGAAUUUUUUAAAUUUUUUUGAGUUUGGGGAAGGGGAGGUUUUGUUGAUGGAUCAAGGUCAGAUAAGGCAAGAGGGAGCAGGCCAAAGUAAUACUGAUCUUGAUUCACCUUUACCCGCCCAAAUAUUUGGAUUUAAUCUUCUAGGGUGGGCUCACACUAACAAUUACGAA